UAUCGUUGCUAACUAAUUUUGAAGAGGGUGAUAACUGUUUUGAUUGGGAGGUAAGCUAAUGAUUCGGAAUUUGAAUCAUAUGUUGAACUUCUGUGUACUUAUGAUUUACUCAAUGCAUACACAUAUAACAACAGCUAAAAUUCCGAUCUCCAAUGUUUUGAACGAAAUGUGACAUGUGAAAUCGCGUUAUAGAAUUGAUAGAUACAUAAUAUAUAUAUUAAACAAUACCAAGCAUGUUAAUGUUGUCGGUAAAAUGAAAGUUCUUAAUAGCGUAUUGUGUCGGUGAAUUACUGUUUGAAAUAAAAUCAUUACACGAAGAAGCAUAGCAUAAUCUGCUCAAGUAAAAUACUACGUAGAUCAGUAGCCGAGGAAAACCUCUUAAUUGGAGGACUUCAAGAUGUUUUGAGUUUAGAAUAUUUUUAUUAAAAGCUUAUAGGGACCUAGCUUGAUGUAAUCGUGAUGGUCAUAACAUGUCUGAGUGUAUUAGUAAUACCAUGGAUAAUAAAAUAAAUGGAUAGGUAACUAGCUGACGUGACCUAAUGUUUUCAAUGGGCUGAUGGCGUGGUUGGAUGUUGAAACCUAGUUGCAAAGCAAAUUCUCAAAAACGGCAUGUUUAGCAAUAAUACAGCUAAACAUUUUAGUCAAAGAGCAAAUAAAUAUAACUACGCCAUUCUACGAUGAAAUCUCUAAGUAUUCCCAGUCAAUUUUAGCAAAUAUUUCAAGCACUAAACAGUGAAAAAUGCAUCGCAAAUUUCGUUGAAAUUGGCGACGCCAAUUUCGUACGUAGCUACAAAUGUAAAAAAAUACAAAACAGAGACAAAAAACAUUUACCUUGAAUACUUCGUCGUGGCUUAGGCAUGUUUUUAAAACAACAAGACGCUCUAUGGAGCGUUAACGCGCUGGGGCUAUACAAAUACGCGCAUUACUGUACAUGAUCACACAUGAUACAUACAGUACACCUCGCAGUGCACAGCUAUUUCAAUUAAGAUUUAAGGUUUUCCCCGAGCUAAGCGGAAAAGUCGAAAACGAGCGCGAAAGGCUUAACACAGUACUAAAAUGCGGUAGGCCCUACCCCUACCCCUACAAGUAAAGUUAUAUUUAAUACGCUACGUCCUUCUUCAAGACUGUCAGCCGCCAGUUGGUCCGUACGCUAGGAUUAAAAACUGCGCUUUAAAACGUUCAAAAUAAAAUAUUUUUGGGCUCAAAAUACUAUCACAAUGAAGAGAGAAGUGAGACGAAUCCACUGGUAUACGGCCGAAAAAGAGAAAACCAAUGAUACCAAAGUUAUCAAGGAUCAAACGUACGGCAUUUUUUUUAUAAUUAGUUUAAUAAUUUUGAGCGAUUUGUCAACAAAACAAUUUCGCUUGAUUUUCAAAGGCCACAAAUCGCUAGAAUACUGCUGUUUAGUAAUACAUUUGACAUCCGUGAGUACAAUUUCUUACGCUGAAUCGAACGGUGGUAUUUUUAUCCUUUUUGCGCCAUUAGGCAUUACAAAUACAAGGACAAACGUAGUGCGAGUGAUUUGUCAACAAUAGUACGUACUGCGAACGAUUUGUCAGCAAUACAAUUUCGCUUGAUUUUCAAAGGCCAUAAAUCGCUAGAAAACUGGUGUUUAGUAAUACACUUGACAUCCAUAAGUACAAUUUAUUACGCUGAAUCGAACGGUGUCGCUUUCUUCUCAAAAUAUAAAGCAGCGCAGCCAAACGUAUAAACUCUGUGGUAUAAACUUGCGAUUUGCGAAGGUUGCUGUUUCCAUGUCGAAAUUCCUUGUAAAAUUGUUCAAUUUUCCCGAAUUUUCCUCAAAAUACAGGGUUAUUUAUGGAUGAUUUGGGUAAAAUUGGCAGGAGCCUUAUGGAUAAUUUACUGGGGAGAUUAGGCAGCUCAUUAAUAUUCUAUUUUGUGGCUAUCGACGAUCCACUAUCCAAGAAAAAUGCAUGCCGAAACCUAUACUCGUCUGGGGCACAGGGUGCUCCAGCGAGUAAUUACACCAGUUUAUGCUUCAAUAUUACUCUUUUAACUUUGGCAGUACGCGUGACGUCACAGAUUGCAACUAGGUUUAGACUGUGACGUCAGGAAGUUUCCUAUCCAGUUAUUUUACAAUCCAUGGUAAUACAGAAUCUACAGUAAGCCAAUAUGAAUGUUUACAUACUGUAAUAUAUUACGUUUCAUUUCUUUUCAAUCAGAUUGGUAUUCAUGGUAUUAGGAUAGAAUUCUACAAUGAAAAAGGCAAUAAAAGAACAGCCACGUAUCUUCCUGAAGUCGCCAGAGAACAAGGUAUGUCUCGCGAUUCCAAUUUUCAGUUUAUUGACACAUAUUUUUCGGAGUCUAUUUAUAUAAGGAUGAAAUCCUGCAGUUAUUCGUAUAUGUAAGUAACCAUGAACUGCAACUGAACAAAUUUGGCUACAACGACUGCAGUAUAUAUGCAAACUGAAACAGCAUGCCUGUUGGCGUUGCUAUACUGAAUUUCCCACAUAUAUACAGCCAAAUGCUUGAUCAUCUUCUUGCAGUGUGUGCUUAUAUAUAUUAUAUAUAUUAUAUAUAUUAUACAUUAUUAUAACAUUUGUUUGUUUGUUUGUUUGUUUGUUUGUUUGUUAAACUUUAUUGAGUACAAAUUAAUUCAACAAUUAUUCAUCUAACAUACAAUUAAAGAGCUGUACUCGAACGGACAAGGCACAAACUGGACGUAAAGUCCAUUGCAUGGUGCCCCUCCUCUUCCUAACAUAAACCUUUUAAUUAAUUCACAGUAUACAGUACAGGGUGUCCCAAAAAAAACCAAAACCACUGAAACAAAGCACUGCCAGAAUCCGAACGCCCCAGCACCAACUGAACGCAAAGAUACGUAAAUAUGAUCGACAUGAUGCAUAUAAUAUGAGUAGUGAAGAAAUUAAAAUAUCUUUGUAAGCUCACGAUUAUCUGCUCUUUGGAAUUUAAAGCAACUUCUUAAACAGUUUCUUUAUUCGUAAAAUUUACUUUUGUCAAGCUUUUAUGCACUUACAGUAUAGGUUCAGCAGAGUGCCAAGGCAAUUCAAUUCCCAAGCAAUACGCCAUCUCAACAGCUUUGGUCCCCUCUGGGGCACCCUGUAUAACAUAUUUACUUAAUAAAUAAAUAUUAAUAUUAUGCAUGCACAUUAAUUUGAUUAGUUAAGUUAGGUUAUUGUUUGUGACAACCACAAUCACGUUUAAGUGACCAAGUGCAAGUCAUGUCCGGAUCAAAUACUGUUUCUAGAAUAUUCUUAUACCUCAUCUUGAGGUAUAGUUUGAAAGACGAUGGCGAUGUAAAACUGGAAGGAUCAAUCGAGACACAAACACUGUUCCAUAAUUUGACAACACGAUUAAAAUACGACGAACUGUACGUACAAGUUUUACACAACGGAGUUUCUAAGUAUUUGGAUCUCAAUGCUCUACGUGUCCGUCCAUGAUUGACAAAGUUAACAAAAUUUGAGACAUCAAUGUCAAUAUAUCCGUUCACAGCCUUAUAAAAAAAUACUAAGUCUUUGACCUCGCGAUCGUACGCAAGAGGGAGCAUAUCCAGUUGCUGAAGCCUCUCUUUGUAGGAUAGUUCACCGGCUUUGACGCGCAAGAUCCAUCUCGUAGCACGUCUCUGAAUCUUCUCAGCCUUUUGUUUCAAUAAGGAACUUGCUGGAGACCAAACCUCAGUCGCAUAACUUAACUUGGACCUAACCAACGUCAAAUAGAGAGUCUUUCGAACACUACUGUCAAUAAUUGAAAUACAUGUUCGCUUUAAUAGACCGAGUAAUUUGUUAGCUUUCGCACAAAUGCAGGUAAGAUGUGAUUCCCAUGACAAAUUCUCGGUAAUGAUCACCCCGAGAUCUUUUUCUUCGUUUACUCGAAGUAACUUAGUAGAAUCCAUAUGGUACUGAAAAUGCAAUGGAUUGACCUUGCGUGUUAUGGACAGAACUUUGCACUUUGACGCAUUAAAGUUCAUGUUAUUUUGAUAACUCCAAGAACCAAGUUCUGUUAAAGCGUCUUGUAAUUUCUCACAGUCACCGAUAGUUGAUACGUUCCUGUAGAGUUUGGUGUCAUCUGCGUAAAGUCCUGUAGAGAUACAGUCUGGCACAACGUCUGGUAAAUCGUUUAUGAAUAUUACAAAUAGCAUAGGACCCAAAAUACUUCCUUGCGGAACGCCCGAAGUAACAUGUGCCCAGUCGGAGACUGCACCGUCUACAACAACUCGUUGGAAUCGUUGAUGCAAAUAAUCUUUGAACCAAUCAUGCAUGCGGUCUACUACACCAAAACGUUUACAGUACAUCAGUUUGAACAUUUUGGUCAAGAUUCUUCCCAAUUUCAUGGAGGACUGCAAGCAGUUGGGUGGCACACGAGCGGUUGCGUUGAAAACCAUGUUGCAGGGUUGUGAUGAGAUGUUUUACCUGAGCACGCAGACUGUUCCCAACAAGACGUUCUAGAACUUUGUUUAUUAUGCACAGCAGGGAGAUAGGUCUGUAGUUGAUGGCUGGUUCAAGGGAGUCCUUUUUGUGCACUGAAGUUAUAUUGGCCAUUUUCCAUUCCGACGGUAAACGAGCUGUUUCUAGCGAUCGGUUGAAGAGGGAGCAGAGGCUUGGCGCGAUUUCAUUGCUACAAGUUUUAAGGAAACGAGCAGGGAUUUCGUCGGGCCCACUUGCUUUCGUGAUGUCCAGAGCAUUGAGAUAAUUUGUAACAUCUUCGACUGUCACAGUGAGUUCGGAUAACAGUACUUCGGGUGGAGGAUAAUCUAGUAAAUUCCUAUUGUCGAUAUCUUGUUGCGAAGAGGGAGGACGAUACACCCUGUGCUUGUUACAGUAUAGGGUGUAUAUCUGAAAAAUAUACGAGUUGUAUCGAAAUGUGCACGAACAUGCAUGUGUUUCCUUGUUAGGUCCAUUUUGCCGAUGUUCAUUAUGUUUAAUUGUCCCUAAUCAUUAUUUAACCAUUCUUGAUUGGCUGAAAUAAAUAUUCACACAAAGGUUUACAUGCAGUGCGUCUACAGUAAGUGGGGCCACUUAGAGAACACUAACCAAUCACAUUGCAGAACAAAAAUAGAAAAAAUCAACAAACGGCGCAUUAGCCAAUAAGCAUGUAGGCCAAAAACAAUUUUAACAAAUGAACAAAUGUCAAACGGUAAAAAUUGACUUGAAACGUAAACACUGCAGUUACUGGCUUCCUGAAGCGAACUCCAUGCUUUCUUUUGACUGGACGAGCUGUAGUUUGAUUAGAUUUCUAUUUUUGUUCUGCAAUGUGAUUGGUUAGUGUUCUCUAAGUGGCUCCACUUACUGUAGACGCACUGUAAUAUAACUAUGUGAUAUGGCAUAAGUUUUAAUAUAAUUAUGUGGUAUUACAAUGCAAAUUUAUAUGUGCAUGGUUUUAUUUGAUCACUUCGAAACGUAAUGGUACGCUGGCACCGAAAUGGCACGGAACCCAUAACUGGCGACGGUUUCACCACUUCUCAUCAAAUUUGGAAGUGAUUUUUAUAGUAUCAAACUUUAUUAAACGAAAGUGCCUGUUUCUUUUUUAAAGGCUGGACCAAAGUUCAAGCGAUUGACUCGUUAUUACGAAAAGGUGGCUUCAAAGGAACGAUAACACCGGAAAUUCGUAAUUCUACAAAGUUAGUUAGGUAUCGUAGUGAAAAAGUUUCUGUACAUUACAAUGAGUACAUUGCCUCGAAGCAACAUUGA